AGUUAUGCGGGAGUGCUAUAAAAUCAUUAGCUUAACUGGAGUCUCUUAGCCUAGCAGUUGUUGUAGCACUUUGCUUAACAACACGAGAAUGUAAAGGGGACUUUUAACCAACAUUUACGUUAAUUUAAAUAUGUAUGAGUUACUUAUGGGCUAAAUAAAGCGGCAGUCACUGUGUCAAUAAGGCCACCGUCGACUGAGGAAUGCGCUUCGUCAUAACAAGUUUUCCCUGGGGGUAAGAAGAAGAAGGAGUUCGGGGAGGGAGUAGGAGGAGGUUUGUUCUCAGCAGGGACUUUCCUCAUUUGCCCUCCAAAAAAAGUUGAAUCACAGGGCACCGUGCCGGAGAUGUUACCCGGUGUCGCCACGGAGAAGGUAUGCGGGCCUGUGCGCUGCGGUGGGGCCGCGGUGGUCUCUCCCUCCGUUCGGGAUUACUACUUCUUUUAAUCCCGCCGUUUCUCCUAGCGCUCCAGCUCCUUGUCGUCGGGCCACGGUUACCUCGAGUCGCAAGGGCGGGGGUGGAGGAACAAGAAAUUGCCUUUUCGGUUAUCAGCAUCGAACCGGAGAGGAACUCACGCCAACAGGAAUCCCCGUCCCGGCGUCCGGGUCUGAAGGAGGAAGAGGAGGAGGUAGAGGUGGAAGAUGGGGAGAAAAGGGAGGGAGCACGAGCCUAUGAGGAUGAGAACGAGAUGCACUCGCGCCAGAUGGGACCCAGAACACUGGAAGUGCAGCCCUGGGCGACAGACAAGCCAUCCUUUGCAGCAGAACUCAAUCGUAUCAUCACAUAUAUCACCAGGCCACAGCUGAACUGCUCCAGGGUUUUGUCUCCAGGCCAGGCUCAGGCAUCACAGCCCCCUGCAGAUUCACCCCACUGGCUGCUGUGUGCGGAGGACUGGCUCCUUCCAGCUGCAGAUAGACUGUGUGUUGCAUACUCCUUUAGUAUGGAUGGGGGUGAUGCACACUUUCUAAAGACUGUGUCAGGGCUGGGAUGUGAAGUCCACAGUUUUGAUCCCAGCAACUCCAAUGCAUCUGGUGGUCACCUUGGCAACAGUUUGGCCAGUAACCAUGGGGAUGGAGGUGUGGUCAGCCAGCACAAGAUGUGGCUGGAGUGGCGAGCUCCACGGAAGCGCAAGCAGAAAACAAGAGGCAACUUGGGUAGUGUUUCUCAAACACUGGCAGACAUCAUGGCAGCUCUGGGACAUCACACAGUUCACUUCCUGUAUGCUGACCUGCUAAGUGCUGAGUGGAGAGUUUUCCAGAACUUGAUUGAGUCGGGAACUCUGCAGAGUGUCCAUCAUCUGGUUGCCACAGUGCACCUGCAAUGGGCAGGGUUUGAGGUGGGCGGAACCAAUGAGGAAGUGCUCCGCUAUUGGUUCAGUGUCCUACUGGGUCUCCAAGCUUCUGGACUCAAGCUGGUCCACAGCUCUGCAGGAGAGGGUCACAGUGUCCUAAAACAGACAGUAGCAAAUGGUCACAGCUCCUACACACUCAGCUGGGCCAAUACAGGACGAUGACACUCACAUGAAUGUGUACACACAUGACCAGGCAUUGUGGAUGGCCUCAUCAGGCAAACAUGACAUCUCCCUCUAGUGGAAAUGAAAGGAUCUGCAUUUGCAUCACUCCACCCUCAGAGGAAAUCCUAGCUAAUUUGACCAAAUAUGGAGCAGAAGGUGGGCUUGCUGAUUUAACAGGGCAACAGUGCAACAAUAUAAUAACUAGAUCUACAGAUUUUAUUUUGUCUUACUUAACAUGAAAAAACAGCAGAUUGUGUCUUAAUUAGUCCUAAAUACCAAAUAGCUGUCUGGCAGGUACCAACACUUUUUUUUGUUGUUGUUGAACCAUAGACUUGUGAUUUUAUCAAUAUUAUAUCACACAGUGCCACUCAUUUCGCAUUAUUUUGAUCCAUCUGUACUUUGAAUGUAGAUUUAACAGAUUUAAUGUUUGUGUACAUCUCUGUAGGCCCUAAAAUAAUUUUAUGUGCAAUAAUUAUUUACAUUGAAGAGAAGAUUAAAUUAUAUUGAGACUAAUGCCUAGUGUGAAAUAUUCAGAAAUGCAUCCAUUGUACUGAUGCAUUUUUACACUCCACUGUCUACUGUAUGACAAAGAAGAAAACAAUGAAACCGUGUUAUAAAUGCGCAUUAAUACCAAAAUAAAAUACUAAAAUAAACCCAAAAGUCCUUGA